AUAUACAGAGCUUUCAUUUCUCUUAGUAUAUGUUCUACGUCUCAACCAAAUUGUCAUUACUACACAUUGUAAUAUCAUUAUUAUUAAAACAGUAAAAAUAUAAGAAAAACAUUUGUUUUGAUUAUAUGUGUUAUAUGGAAAGAAUGAUUAUUUGAACAAAAUGGAAUGCAUUGAAGAAGAUUGGUUUGUAGAAUGUUCCGAUGAUGAAAAAUAUGAAGUGGAUGAAAAGCAUGAAUGGAAUAUAAAGGCUGAAAAUAUAGUCUCAUUAAUUGAAAGUUUGGAAGUAAAUCGCAUUCUAGAACUUGAAUGGAAAUGUCCUGGCAGACGAGGACCUUCCCCUAUUCCUUCAAAUAAUCUACAACAAGAACUUGAAUCUCCAGAAUAUAAAAUUGAGGAGAAAUCUGACUUUGAUUUUAUGGAUGAAAUGUCAUCACCAAGAUUACCUGUUCGAAGGAUUGGUGAAAGUACUCCAAAAGGUAGUGCUAAGAAAAAAAUUGCUAGCUUUAAUGGAGUGAUAUCCACAAUGCUGAGACAUCGUAGAUUGGAACAACAAGAAAUAAAUUUAAAUCCAAAAAAAAAGUGAAUCUGCUGGAUUAAAAACAUACCUUCCUACUUAAAGAUUAAUUAUCUCUAUUUUUUAUUUAUCUCUAUUGUUUAUCUCUUUGUGACAUUAAUUUAUAUACAUUUUGAAGUGGAAUAACAUAAAUAUAAAAAAAGUAAAUGCAAUAUAAAUAUAAAACCGCUAUAAAUAUAGAAAUAUUGCUCUACAUGCAAUAAGAAUGUUUUGAUUAGAAAAUGAAGUAUGUUAAAAUUAGAGAAAAAAUAUUUUUAAUUAAUCUAUGAAGAGGAAGAAACUACAUGUAAGAUGAAUGCAAUAUAAACAUUGAUAUUUUUUAUAUUAUAUUUCCA